CAUUCAUGGAAUUGUGGAAAUCUCCGAAUUCGCAACUCAUCUUUGGUUAAUCCCCUACGUUAUACUUUGCGCUUCUCUAUUAUUUCUUCCUAAUCAAAGUGUAAAAAUUCUGAUUAAUCUCCGGCCACCAAAGAGUCAUCACUCAUCAAUCUCAGCUGCAUCUUCUCUGAGUUUUCUGGUUUCUUCUUCAGUUAUAAACAGAAGCACGAGGGAGCCAUGAACGCUCUUGCAGCUACAAACCGCAACUUUCGCCUGGCGAGUCGCAUUCUCGGGCUCGACUCCAAAAUCGAGAAAAGUCUUUUGAUCCCCUUCAGAGAAAUUAAGGUGGAAUGCACAAUUCCAAAGGAUGAUGGAACCCUGGUGUCUUACAUUGGAUUUAGAGUGCAGCAUGAUAAUGCUCGUGGGCCAAUGAAAGGAGGGAUAAGAUAUCAUCCUGAGGUUGACCCCGAUGAGGUGAAUGCUCUUGCACAAUUGAUGACAUGGAAGACAGCUGUAGCGGAUAUCCCAUAUGGCGGAGCGAAGGGUGGGAUUGGAUGCAAUCCAAAGGAUUUGAGUCGGAGUGAGUUGGAGCGCCUUACGCGUGUCUUCACCCAGAAGAUUCAUGAUCUCAUCGGAAUCCAUACUGAUGUACCAGCGCCUGAUAUGGGCACUAACGCCCAGACUAUGGCGUGGAUUCUGGAUGAGUAUUCGAAAUUCCAUGGCCACUCGCCCGCUGUUGUCACAGGAAAACCUAUCGAUCUCGGGGGGUCACUUGGCCGUGAAGCUGCAACUGGGCGUGGAGUGGUUUAUGCCACGGAAGCUUUGCUUUCUGAAUAUGGGAAACCAAUUAAGGAUAUGACCUUUGCUAUUCAGGGGUUUGGAAAUGUCGGGUCUUGGGCAGCAAAGCUUUUGCACGAGAGAGGUGGUAAGGUCGUUGCAGUUAGCGACAUAACUGGGGCGCUCAAGAACCCGAAUGGGAUUGAUAUCCCGGCUUUGCUCAAGCAUAAAGAAGCAACGGGGAAGCUAACUAAUUUCAGCGGUGGAGAUGCCAUGGAUUCCAACGAAUUGGUGACAUAUAAAUGUGAUGUUCUUAUACCCUGUGCUUUGGGGGGAGCCCUUAACAGAGAAAACGCCUCGGAUAUCAAGGCCACGUUCAUCGUAGAAGGUGCAAACCAUCCCACCGAUCCAGAAGCCGAUGAGAUUUUGUCCAAGAAAGGAACUGUAAUUCUCCCCGACAUAUAUGCCAACUCUGGAGGUGUGACCGUGAGUUACUUCGAGUGGGUUCAGAACAUCCAAGGUUUUAUGUGGGACGAGGAUCAGGUAAACGAGGAGCUCAAGAAAUACAUGACCCGAGCCUUCGGUGACAUCAAGAACAUGUGCCAGUCCCACGCUUGCAAUCUUCGGAUGGGCGCGUUCACUUUGGGGGUGAAUCGCGUUGCCCGCUCCACCCUCUUGAGGGGCUGGGGAUCAUAGACUGCAUAUAUAAUCUUCACUUCAUACUCUUUAUCUGUUAUGCCCUCUAAUAAUGGUUAAGGUUCACCAUUUCUUGUUUUGUUUUGUUUUGUUUCAUAGUUUCUGUUCUGUUAAGGUAACACUUUCCUGCGGGACUGUAAAAGUGUGUGUUUUCAAAUAAACUACAUAUGUUCCAUGUAUAGUUUGCUAAA